GGGGGGCGUGAGGGCGGGGGGCGGCCGAGCCGAGGUGCGGGCGGUGUGUCGCGACUCACCCCGCCUGACGCGAUGCUCCCCGGUAAGGGCGGGCCUUCGCACCCUCUUCCUUGUUCCCUUCCCCCUCCCGGCGGCAGCGAGGAUGACGCACGUCCGGCGCGGUCCGUGCACAGGGCCCGCCCCCGCAGCCAUGCCCGCUGGCGCGCCGUGGCCCACCUACCUGCGGGCGCUGGCGGCCAGCAUGCUGGCCAUGUUCGCCGGGGCUGAAGUCGUGCACAGGUACUACAGGCCUGACCUUAGCAUACCUGAAAUACCUCCUAAGCCUGGAGAACUGAGAACUGAACUGUUGGGUCUAAAAGAAAGAUCAAGCAAAGUUCAGACUUCACAACACUGACCAGAGUUUAUUUUUGUUGUGAAAACUAGAACUGAUAAAAUAUUUAUCCAACUGUUUAAGUUCCAGAAAUACAUAUGUGAAAUACUGUGCUCUUGUCAUGUGUCUUUGCUUUCCUUUGAGCAGAGUUGCAGGCAGCAUUAAAAACAAACAUACAGUGAAUGUUGUUGGUAAAAGUCCCAUCAGUUGUGUGCCAAAAUGCUUGUGAGUUCAUAAAUCUGGAUUACAUUUUAAGUAUACUUCAGAAUAAGGCGUCAAACAAUGACACAGAUGUAUCACUGACAGGAAAUCUGCUUUGGUCCACUGUAAGGCUGGAAUCUUACCGUUUGGUCAUCUCAGUUAAAAUGGGGCAGAUUACACUGAAAUCAGAUUUGUUUGUGCUCCAUUUGGGCAUCUUCAUCUGUCUAUGGCUGCUUUUGAUAGCUGUAAAUACGCAAAACUCUGAAAGUGCCAGUUUACCUUUCAGUUUGGAAAUAGAAUCACCACAACACACUUGCACCAGGAACUUGAAGAUUCGGUCAUCAUCCUGGGAAGGUGGCUCAACAACCCAGUUUUGAAUGGUACAUAGAGCUUGGGAAGUUUGGGAUUGUUUUACUUGAGAAAGGUGCCAGGACAAAGCACAGGCUUCAUCCUCAGUUGUCACUUAAGUUUAACUUGUAAAAACACAGUCUGACACAUUGCCCGGUAAGGAAACAAAAAGCUCCCUAAUUCCUACUGCCAAAACACUUGGAAGUCUUGUAACAGCAGAGGGAUCCAGAAAUUAUCACAGUAAGU